UUAACUGAAAGGGAAAUAUACUGAGGAAGAAGAAACGAGAUAAUUUAGGGAGGUUGCACUGUACUUUACUGUUGCAGCAGCGAAUUGAAGAUAACAAGGAAAAGAAGGCCAAAAGAUCAGUCCAAAAUCUGUGGCUUUUCGCGACCUCCUACACUAUCACCUCUUCCUUUUACGUGGCGAACCCUUCUGGAAUUCCUCAAUUCCUCAUUGCUCCUUUUUUCUCUGCAGCUUUCUAUGAAGGUGAACUGGGCGUUUUGCCGCUUAUGGUGUUUGCCCUUAUUGUGAGCUUUCAAUUGUUUGAACAAUCAGCGAAGUGAGAGUUGAUCAGUUGGGGGAGAAAGCAAGGGGAGUGUGUGUGUGUGUGCGUGUGUAUGGAAGGUGCCAGCCCGGGCGGGCGGUCUCGGUGCGUGUUGAAGAAGCGCCGCCGCGGAGGGCUGCUCAACAGCGUUAAGAAGCUUCAAAGGCGCGAGAUUUCUUCCCGCAGAGAUGCCGCCUUUGUUCUCACUAAUGCACAUGAGAAGUUCCGCAAUAUGCGCCUCACGGCGCAAUAUGAUACUCAUAAUCCCGAGGGGCAUUGUUCAUUAGUAAUUCCUUUCCUGAUGAAGAGAACGAAAGUUGUUGAGAUAGUCGCAGCACGGGAUAUUGUUUUUUCACUCACGCAGUCUGGUGUAUGUGCAGCUUUUAGUAGAGCAGUGGUGAAUAGGAGGGUAUGCUUCAUGAAUAUUAGUCCAGAUGAAGUUAUAAGAAGCUUGUUUUACAAUAAGAACAACGAUUCGCUUAUCACUGUUUCGGUGUUUGCUUCAGAUAACUUCAGUUCAUUGAGGUGCAGAUCCACAAGGAUUGAAUACAUACGGCAAGGUGACCCAGAUGCUGGUUUCGAACUUUUUGAGUCCGAGUCCCUGAAAUGGCCUGGCUUUGUUGAAUUUGAUGAUGUAAAUGGAAAGGUUCUAACGUACUCAGUUCAGGAUAGUAUAUACAAGGUCUUUGACUUACAAAACUACAGGAUGCUCUACACCAUAUCGGAUAAGGAUAUACAUGAAAUCAAGAUCAGUCCAGGUAUUAUGUUACUGAUUUUCAACCGCAAACAAAGUUAUGUUCCCCUCAAGAUACUCUCGAUAGAUGAUGGAACAAUUCUUAAAGAUUUUAACCAUUUACUUCAUCGCAAUCAGAAGGUUGAAUUCAUUGAACAAUUCAAUGAAAAGCUUCUCAUCAAACAAGAAAACGAGAAUCUCCAGAUUAUUGAUGUCCGCACUUCUGAGCAGAAAGAAGUUAGUAGGAAUGAGUUUAUAACGCCAUCUGCAUUCAUCUUUUUAUAUGAGAACCAGUUGUUCCUAACGUUUAGGAACCGAACUGUUGCUGUGUGGAAUUUUCGUGGAGAGCUUGUAACUUCGUUUCAGGAUCACUUGCUAUGGCAUCCCGACUGUACUACCAACAAUAUCUAUAUUACCAGUGAUCAGGACCUGAUUAUUUCUUACUGCAAGACUGAGGCUGCUGAUCAAUGGGAUAAUGGUAAUGUUGGCUCUAUCAACAUCAGCAGCAUCUCCACAGGAAAGUGCCUCGCCAAAAUAAGCCCGGGAAACAGUUGUCCUAGAUACAGCGAGGGCGAGUCAAGGAGGACAAAGGCUUCUCUCAAGCAUAACGGUACUGUUGCAGAGGUGCUGGCCAAUGGUGACUCGAGGAGGACCACGUCUUCUCUAAAGCCUAACACGACAGUUGCAGAGGCGCUGAGAAACAUAACCUCCCUUUUCUAUGACGAAGAGCGCAAUGAGAUUUACACCGGUACCUUAUCUGGUCUCGUGCAUGUCUGGUCUAACUAAAACUUGAUUGGUUUGGUGCCGCUAAAAGAUUGUUGUACCAUCAUUGUGUCGUACCGGGUUUUAUUGUAUGUCUAAGGUAGGUGGAGCUUCAUUCAGUAUGGCAGAUUUGAAGAGAGGUGUAGUGUUAUCAAACGCAUUUUGGAAGGCAGUUUUGUUGUGUACAAAACCGUUUUUAGUACUAUGUUUAUGUUGGGUUGGGCUUUAAUGAUGUUUGAAGCUGGUAGUGUACUUUAUUGGCUUUAGUUCUAUAGAUGUAUUUUGCACUGCUAUAUAUACAAGUGCAAGCAGCUUUUUUCA